GUAACUUUUAUGCAACUAAUGUGCAAAUGUGAACUUCUGAAAAAAUUGUGGUGAGAUUGUGGCUACUGUGCUGUUGCUUAGCAGGGUUGGACUUAAAAUUUGCCCCUUUUUUAAGGGGCAUUUGUGUUAUCUCAUAGCCUUUGCCAGGACCUUUUUAUUUUGUAAUUUUAGAGAGGAAAUUUAAAUCCACCAAUAAGAGCCAGCAAUUUCAGGUGAGUCAUCAGUUAACCAGCAGUGACAUGUAACUGCAUUCUCAGACAUGCGUAACCAAAGCUUCAUUAUUUCUGUCGCACUGUUACUGUUCCUUUAAGGGACGUGUUUGGGUGUGUGUGCUGAGAGGGCGAGAGUGUUGACGGAGCUGGAAAGAAAAAUCCGGCGUUAGCUGUCCUGUUACACACCAAUAAACCGCUGGUGAAAGAAGAACUUCUGGUGCUUGGGAGUCUACACAAACGUUACAACACAUUUGUGUACAGAAAGUGUUCAGCAUCGCAAGAAUUUAUUUUUUACCUGUCAGACAGGAGAAAUACUGAGGUUUCAGUUUCACAGUCCACUCCUCCAACUACAACUAGGACUGAACAGCUGUUCUUCGUGAUCUUUGGAGUUGUGUUAAGAUGGGUGCAAUAUUCAAUCUACUUGAGCAGCACAGACUGGAAUCAUACUACAACCAGUUUGUUCAGAUGGGUGUUAAAGAUGAAAGAGAUUUCCUGGACAGUGUGACGGAAGAAGAUUUAAACAGCAUUGGUUUAAGUCAUGUGGAAAAGAAUCGUUUUGCAAUCAUGAAAGACUUCAUUCAAAGACUGAGCACUCCAGAACGUCAAAUCCUAACUGGCAGACCGGUACAAAAGUCAGUGAAGUCGUUCAGUCUUCAGUACACAUACCCCAAAUGUCUUAAACCAAAGGUUAUUUCAGAUAUGGAUCCGGCACAAAACACAAUUGAAGACAUAAUGCUGAGAAUCUGUCACCUUGAAAAUGUUGGAAACACCAAAGGAGUUUGUCUCUACACAGUAGAUGGGAUGCCCUUGACAGACGAUCCCUUCUUCAACACAUGGUCUUUGAAAGAAAGACACAUUGAAAAUGGAGCUGUAAUUUAUGCUAUUUUUACUCCGAGGGAAAACUUGACAGAGGCUCCAAAAAUGCUAAGACAAGAGUCUGGCAAGACCUCUGGAACAGAUGUCAUUCGAUGUCACAUCAUGCUCAAGGGAAACUUUGAGAUUAUGGUGAAUUUGGAAACUGACACAAUCGCAACUCUAAAAGUGAUCCUGUCAAAUGCAAGUGGAAUACCAGCACAUGUCCUCCAUCCCAGAGGUAAUAAUUUGGGUGGUGAUACACUUCAAAAGUGUGGAAUCUCUGAAGGGUCGACUAUUGCCUUCGCUCUGUCCUCGUUUACUGAAGAGACUCCCCUUGAUGAAACUUUCUACAUCAAUGAUGUCGUGCCUUCAGUCCAACAAAGCCAGAAAGGAAUCAGUGUGUUGCUGUCUUCUCUUUAUGCUGUUGCGAAAGACCUUUCUGAAAUAAUCCGGAACAAACUGAUAGCUUACAUACGAAAAUUGACGGGAUGUAACCCCCUCACCCAAAGUUUGCAUCAGUUACUCUGCAGGAAUGAAAAGAUGACCAGGAACCAGAAGAUUGCAGUUGUUGAGGGCUUAUACAUGCUCUUCAGGGAGUUAUUGCCCCAGCAAGCAACACAGCGAGGGAAAAAAAUCAUAGAGGACCAGGAUGUCUUUGAGAAUUCAUUGUACUGCUGGGCACAUCUCCUUUCAAAAAUUGAGAAACAAGCAUCAAACCAUGAAGUCUAUGCUCCCAUCUCUCUCGUGUCCAAAGAUGGUGACCAUUUCUGCGAACCUGUCAGAGUACCUGGAGUACCAGAUGUCUUUGAAAGGGCGUACGUCCUUCAGAAAAUCAAAGAUGGAGAGAAAAUUCCAAAUUGCACCGAAGAGCCUUUACAAGAAUUCUCACUACAGAGAGCCACUGACAUUGAGAAAAUCCUGCUCAGCAUUCCUCGAUUUGUCCGAACGUAUCCUCUGUGGAGUCACCACGACAAGACAUCUGGUCAGAACUUUCAGGUGAAUAUUCAGUGGACUUUUGGCAGCAUGGUGGAACGUUUGAAAUCUUUCCCUCGCCUUAAUGUGACCCCACCUCUACAUCUGAAGGACCUGGGACAUUAUCAGAGCUGCCUUGUUCUACUUAGUGAAGAUAAUCUGGGCAUUUAUUUGCAUAAAAACAAAAGAGCAGCUGAUAUGAUCGAAGUGCACAAUUGUCUGGAUGGAAAAGUAAAAACAAUGGAUUUAAACUUGCUAGCAGCCAACACUGGUGACCACAGAGACGACCAGUCAUUUGUUACAACCAGGACUCCAGAAGAGGCAAUACUGGUACUGAUCGAUACAAGCUCCUCGAUGGAAGAGGAGUGCUACGAAAAUGCAGAAAUAAAGAAAAUCAAUGCUGUCAAAGAGCUCUUUGACAACUUUGCCACGAGGAGCAUGGCGUAUGAUUUCCAUCACGUCAUUGGUCUUGUAAAGUUUGACUCCAUGGUGAAAAUGCUCCACACAUUCACAGAAAAUCUGGAGAAGUUCAAGGUCCACACACGUAACCUUGAGGCGAGCGGAUGUACUCUGCUGUACGACGCGCUACGACGUGGAGCUUCAGAGCUGGAAAAGGUCAAGGCGAGCUUCCCAGAUUGUAGACUCCGCGUCCUGUGCCUCACUGAUGGCAAUGAUUCUGGGUCUUUUAUGGACCCAGUUGCUGUGACAGCCAAGCUGCUGAAAUCAAACGUCACUGUGGAUUCAAUCCUUCUUGGAAAUGUGGAAAACAACAUGCUCCAUGGAAUCAGCAAUGCAACAGGUGGCUGCUGUUUCAAACCACAGACAGUCAAAGAUGGUCUGAAACUCUUUGAGAUCGAGACAGUUCUGUCUCUGGAACAGAGGAAGCCCAAGAAAAAACUUGACCCUUCUUCCAUCACUGAGGGAAUACUUAAAAGCAUGUUUACUACUCGGGGCUAUGAUGAAUAUCCAGAGACAUCCUUGCCAAGCCAGAUAAACAGCAAAGUGACGGUGACAGAAAGUGCUCUGAAGAAGAAGAUUCGGGAGGCAAAGGAUGGUCGUUUCAUGGAGAAGGACAAACGUAUCGUGGAGGAGCUCAAGUGCCUGCAUUGUGACCCUCAUCCUUUCUUUAGAGUCUAUCCAUCAGAGUCAGACUUAACGUUCUGGAGGAUUCUCAUGCAAGGACCUCCUGACACACCAUAUGAGAAAGGAGUGUUUGAGCUGUACUGCCAGUUUGGUCCUGAAUACCCAGUGAAGCCUCCACUCGUUCGCUUUGUCACACGUGUGUACCACUGCAAUGUCAACAGUGUUGGCCGCAUCUGCCACAACAUAUUUGAUCGCAGCUACAACGCCCACGUCACCAUGAGGGACAUAUUUGAUGCUGUGUAUGGACUCCUCAUCAUCCCUGAGCCUGAUGACCCACUGGACAGCAUUUUAGCCGAGGAAUUCCUGACGAGCCGCGAGACGUACGAGCGAGAAGCCAGAAAGCACACGGGAGAACAUGCUGGAAAGUCAAUGGAUAGCAUGGAGGAGAAACUGGUUGAUCCUGUGCCAGAGUUUCUACCACAACAUCUGAUUUGUCCUCUAACCAAGAAGAUGUUUGUUGAUCCUGUGAAAACAGUAUAUGGCACCGUGUAUGAAAGGAAAGCCAUUGAGGAACACCUCAAACAACACCGGUAUGAUCCGAUGGCUGGCCCAGGAAACGAGCUUGAUGCGAGUGACAUGAUGGCGGACAGGGACAUGAAGAAAAUGGUGAUGGAUCAUCGAGCUCGCCAAAUUCAGUGAAUGUGGGAGAGAACAGACUGACUGAAGAUUAGCUAGAUUUUUAUAGGGGUUUCUUUUUUUCUUCUUUUUUUUCUUUUUCUCUCAGCUUGUUGGUGCUGUGGUGUUUCUAUCACAGAACCUCUGAACAAGUUACUCAGUUAGUGAAGUCUCAGGUCGGUUUUUCUAUCCAUUUCUGAAAAUUUGUUUAUAAAGGACUCUGAGCACUUAAUACAAUUUUUAUUCACUGUUCAUUGCAUACUUUUAUAGAACUUCUUCUACAAGAGACAAACCAGCCUUCCUGUAUGGGAAAGUCAAAUAUCGUAGGAAUUUCAGCUGCAUAGCCGCUAAUAUAAAAACAUGUUCAGUUCACAGUUGAUUAUGCUGUUCAUUAUUUGACCAAAUUUCUUGAUUAUCUUCUGUUUUUGAAGUGAUUAAUAAGAGUUCAUUGCAAUUAUUGUGGUUGCGAUUAUAUAAUAAAGUAUAAAAAUGAGUGAUGGCAGAUUUUCUGGUAUUUCUAGCUCAUUCUUUUAUUCUUACUCGUGUUCCAAAUUCAGACUAGAUUCUUAGAGUGUAGACAGAGCACUAUAUAGAAGGUAUGAAGGAGUUGCACUGUAUCUUUGUGGAUUUAAAGAAAGCAUGAGAGGAACUAUCUCCAUGAGGAAGUCAGGGGUAUUCUUGGGUUGAGGUCAUUACUCUCUGCAGGCCAAUCAAGUUCUAUCACACCAAACUUUGUUAAUCAUGUCUUGGAACAGGAAGGGGAAAAUCCCCAAGUUGUGACCUUGAAAGUCUCCAAAAUAUCUCGGUAUGCAGAAGCAUGAGGAGUUACUUUCACUGGAACAAUGGGUCUGAGUUUUAAAAAUAUUAAAAUUAAAAGAAAAUUUCAAUGGUCUCUGACAUAAAAGCUGCAUUUUUAAACAUUUAUUUAAAAGAUUUGUUUUAAAGGUUUUUAAAAAGCUUCGUAUGAUGUUUCUUCUACCACCAUGUUUGCUGUUUGCGGACUUCUGUCAAGUGUAAUAGGUUAAUAAAUAACCAAUCACCGCCGCCAUUUCCUCUUACAUCACGUCUAAAUGGCACGAAGUGAAUCACUGAGGCCUUCAAAUUAAAUGUCAACGAGGUUGGAAAAACAUUGAGCACUUAACAUCAUUGUACAGUUAUAGGUCAUUUUAA